AUGAAAGAAUAUAUGUACGACAAAGUAGAGCCCCUUUGUUCAACAGCUAAGAAUGAUUUGGGAGUAUUUAUUAAAUACGAUAAAUGUGGUAACAGAAACCACUUCCCAGAAGGUGAAAACUGCAGAAAUGAAAAGAAAACUGCACCCAUCAUUUUUCCAGGAAGUAUAUCAAUAAAGCUCAACCAGCUGAGAGUAGUCUUAUGGAAGAACUUGAUCAUAAGGAAGAGGCAUUGGUUGUUGACAAUAAUCGAGGCAUCGCUUCCCAUAGUGCUGUUUUUUCUGAUCGCCUACGGCAGAAGCAAAAUCUCCGGACUGACCAAAACCGAAGUAACGGACCCAACAUACAACGAAGUAAACGGGAUACAAUAUUACCUUGGUAUUGCUGACGUAAACAUAUUGUACUCCCCAGACAAUGAGUUCACUAGCGAUAUCAUUCAAAGAACUUUGGAAAAAUUCCAAAUGCCGAGUGAUCAAGUUUUCGGGUUCACCACUCCAGACGCCUUGCUAGAAAACUAUCCAAAGUAUUCCAACAAUACAAUAAUCGCUAUUAUGUUUGAUACCAAAAACCCAAAGGAAUUAAUUUACACCAUAAGGUACUACGAACCAGACUCGUACAAAGAUCAACUUCCGAGUACUUAUAAGAGAUACGUUCCAUCGUACUACAUGUUUACUCCCAGCACUGACAACUCUUACAUUAGGAAAGCAUUCGUUCCCCUACAGAAAGCCUUGGAUUUUUCUUUCAUCGAACGUUCUAUGAAUAUCAGCGACAUCGAUAGAAACGUAUCCCUCUCAACACAAGAAUUCCCGUAUCCACCGUAUAAGUCAGAUACUUCACUUCAGACAAUCUUCAUGGAAUAUUUGCCACUAUUGACGCUCUUCAGCUUCAUCUUCCUCUGCCCGGCUGUAUUGACACGUGUAGUUGAAGAGAAACACUCUGGCGCCAAGGAACUGUUGAAGAUGGUGGGAAUGAAGACAUGGAUGAUCUGGCUGGGUUGGUUCAUCUACGCAAUCAUACCAAUAUUGUUUUCUAUCAGCUGUAUUGUGUUUUUAAUGAAAGUCCAGCUUUUUGGUUCCAGCUAUCCCCUUAUAGAACACACUAGUGCUGGAAUUUUAUUCAUUUUCUUGCUAUUGUUCUGUACAGCGGCUGUUUCGUUGUGCUUUGCUAUUAGUUCUUGUUUCAGUAAGCCCUCAAACGCUGUGGUGGCAGGUAUUCUAAUAUGGAUUUUGUCGUAUUUUGUGCCAAAAUACUCCUUGGUCUUAGAGGAAUCAAACAGUUUAUCAUGGUUAGGAAAAAUUUUAUUGCUAUUAUUACCUAACAUGACUCUCCAUUAUGGGUACGCAGCCAUAUCAGUCUUUGAAGAAAGAGAAAUUGGAGUUCAGUGGAACAAUUUUGGCCAAUCUAGUACUGGCGGCUCUGAAGAUGUCACAAUGUUGAAUGUAUUCGUAAUGCUCUUGAGAGACACAUCACUUUAUUUGUUAUUCACAUUCUAUAUGGAAGCUGUGAAUCCUGGAAAAUAUGGUAUCAAAAAAACAAAAGGUUUCCUUAUUGAGUAUUUAUGGCAUUUGUUCAGUAAAACAAGUGAAGUUAACGAUGAUUGCGAGGAAGUUCGUCUUCAAAAUAUCGAGGAAGGUACUACAUUACAUAACGGAAUCAGCAUCAGGAAAUUGAAGAAGCAGUAUGGCUCUGAUACAGUUGUAGACAUCGAGGAAUUGAACAUUCACAAGAACAAUAUCACAGUUUUGGUUGGUCACAACGGAGCUGGUAAGUCGACAACCAUGUCCAUGAUUACAGGGAUGAUAGAACCUACUUCUGGAAUGAUAAGAAUCGACGGUUUGGAUACCAGAGAAAGUCAGGAUGAGAUAAGAAAAUCCCUUGGCCUAUGCCCCCAACACAACCUCCUUUUUACAGAUCUCACAGUAGGAGAACACCUGGUAUUUUUUGCCAAACUGAAAGGGAAAUCUUCAGAAGAAGCUGAAAUGGAAAUGAGUGAACUAUUAGACAAAAUGAACAUGUCGGAAAAGAAAAACGUCUUGGCCCACACCCUCUCAGGGGGUAUGAAAAGGAAACUCUGUCUAGGAAUGGCACUGAUUGGAGGUUCUAAAGUUUUGAUCCUGGAUGAGCCAUCUUCAGGAAUGGAUCCAGAAUCGAGACGACAACUGUGGGAUUUACUGCUCUCUUGGAGAGGAGAGAAAACUAUUUUGAUUAGUACUCAUUUUAUGGAAGAAGCUGAUGCCCUAGGAGAUUGGAUAGCCAUCAUGUCUGAAGGAUCUGUCCAGUGCUAUGGUACCCCGAUGGCCUUGAAAAAAGAUUAUCACACCGGCUAUCAUUUAUCUUUGACGAUCAAUGGAGGGGCCAAUGGGACUGAAACCAAGAUCAAAGAUUUAGUUGGGAGAACUGUCGUCGGUUCUCAGUUCAAGUCAAAAAACGGCAAUGAAAUGAUAUUUAUUUUACCGUUUGAGGAUACAAAUAAUAUAACAGAGUUAUUGUGCUCUAUAGAGAAUAAAAAAGAGGAGCUGAAAAUCGAGAAUUCGUCAAUAUCGAUAACUACUCUGGAAGAUGUAUUUUUGAAAACAAGACCAGACAGUGAAUAUAUUCCGAAAUCUAUUAGUAACUAUAACCCAAACCAAGAACAAGAAGAUGAAAAAAUGAGGAAAUGGAGAAAACAAAUUCUGAAGUUACUUGAAAAGAGAUAUUUCUUCACGAUCAAUAAAUUGUAUACUUACCUAAUACCCACACUCAUAGGGUUCCUCUCCUUCGGUCUCACCUUAUAUCUGACUAGCAGCACAAACGGAUAUUAUCAUCAAAAUGGACCCAAACUGCCACUUCAGCUGAGCACAUAUAAACAAACUUCCGUUUUUUACAAUGCUUCUGAGAGAAAUGAUAUAAUUGAAGUCAUAAAAACACAGUAUGAAAAAUUAGUUAAGACGGAAGGUAGUAGUGUUGAUGAGGUAUUGGAAGUAGAACAAGCUAUCCUUGAUGAAAGUAAGCAGAACAUUGCUUACUACAGAGAACACAUUGUUGCCAGUGCUUCUUUCUUUCAUUAUAAUUCCAAAAUUGAAGCUAUUGCUUUGUACAACGGGAUGGCUGUUCAUAGUUUACCGAUAUCUCUCAAUCUUGUCACAAACGCGAUUGCAAAAACAUUGUUAGGGUCGGAAUAUUCAAUAUCUACCAGUAAUUGGCCACUUGCAUCAAUCAAUCAGCAUUCCUCUAAUGAAUAUUCAGAAACGAAAGUGGUAGUACUUUGGCUGAUAUUAAUACCUAUCGGUUGCUUGUUCAUACACGGAAGUUUCAUCGUUUUCCCGCACACCGAGAUUUCUACCAAAUUCGUUCAAAUGCAAUUCAUGUGCGGAGUAAAACCGUACUUGUAUUGGCUGUCCAAUUUUGUCACCGAUAUGUUGAUAUACCUAGUAUUUAUUCUUGUAAUGUCUGUCUUUAUGUGUAUUUUUUUCCCACCUAUGCACCACCUAUAUGAAUUCUGCUAUUUAUUUUUGAUUUUGUUUGUGUACGGUUUAUGUGGUAUUCCAUAUUCUUAUUUAUUCAGCAGAAAAGGAUCAUCUUCCGGGGCAUUUGCUCUAUUCAUUAUACUCGGGAUAUUUCUAGGUGUGAUUAUCACUCUUAUAGUUGGAGUACUGUUAGAGUCUCAAGAUGAUUAUUACAUACGCAUUGGUACAUAUUUGAAGUACUUGGGCUCGUUCUUCAUACCCCAAGUGGGCUUGUCAAUGUCUUUGGUGGAGUUUUGUAGAAGGGCAGUAGACAAUUUCAAUUUGCAAAUAGUGCCCAAAAAGUUGUCAAGCAUAUGUUCAUAUGCCAGCCAUCCUUGUUGUGACAUCAACUCUAUUGAAUGUAUCCAACACAAGGAUUAUAUGAAUUUGCUAUUGCCUAAUUUUGUUUCAAUGCUGGCAGGUUGUAUGUUCUACCUACUAAUUGUUAUUUUCUUGGAUAGUUAUCUUUUGUUGAAAAGAUGGUCUCGGUCAAAAUAUCGAUUGCUGCAGUUCAUUAGGAAUUUCAAAGAUAAUGAAAAAGAAAUUCCUAUCAAUGAGAGUGAAGUACCUGUCUCUAAAGAAAAUACGUUGAAUGUGAAUAGAUUGUCCAAGACCUAUUCUGGAAAUAAAAUCGUCAACAACAUCGGCCUGACUCUCGAAAAUGGACAAUGCUUGGGUAUAUUAGGUGUGAAUGGUGCUGGCAAAACUACUACCUUCAAGUUGCUGACACGUGAAGAAGUUCUGGAUAACGGCUCAAUCAAAAUAAAGCUCAACCAGAAACAAAUAGGCGUUGACGAGGACGAAUACAUGGAAACUUUAGGAUACUGUCCCCAAUCUGAUAAUCUAAACUACGUUCUAACUGGCAGGCAGAUAUUGAGCACUAUUGCUGUUUUACGUGGUAUAAACGAUCCUGGAAUCGUUGACGAGUUUCUCAAGAUAUUCUGCCUGGAAGAGAUCGCAGACAAGCCAUGUGGUCAUUACAGUGGAGGGAACAAGCGUAAGCUGAGCUUGGCAGUUUCUCUAAUUGGCUUCCGCAAAUUCAUUCUCCUCGAUGAACCGACCAAUGGCGUCGACCCAUCUGCUCGUAGGAAAUGCUGGAAUAUCAUAAAAGAUAUGCAAGACCAGAAAAACAUGUCUUUCAUUCUAACUUCCCACAGCAUGACUGAAUGUGAAGCUCUAUGCGAUGAACUUAAGAUAAUGAAAGGUGGUAAGUUUGUCGUAGAAAAUAAGCUCAACGUGUUGAAGAAAGAGUUUGGUGGGUACAGCCUCAAAAUAAAAUUGAAAAACAAAGGACCAUCCGAUGAAGUAGAUGGAAGUACUUUCACUAGCUCCCGAGGUGUUGAUGAGGACUACGAAUUCAAAGAUGAAAAUGAUCUUAAAAACUAUUUCACUAAAAACAAUCGUGGUGAAAUAAAAGAUGAUCAUGGUGGUUUGAUAUGCAUCUAUAUAAAAAAUCAAGGGGACGAAAAAAAAUGGAGCCAAAUAUUUGAGGAAAUAGAAGACAUCAAAAAUAAAAAUUAUCAUUUGAUAGAAGACUAUUCUAUCGGUGAGGCAUCACUUGAAGAUGUAUUUCUGGAAGUUGCCAAAUCAGAGGAUUCCCUAGAAGCAAAAGAAGAUCAUUCAACACCUCAUUUUCUAUGCAGUGGUUUAUGGUUGAUAUGAUUAAAGAAUCUAAUGUGCCAUGUGAAGGGGGAACAAAAGUUGAAUCUCUACAAGUAGAAAGAACCGUAUGAUUGAUUAUUCAAAUUUCGAGCUCUGGGGUCGAACACGAGACUGAAUUGCCAAAUAUAAAGGAAUAAAUGUUGAGAAAAAUAGGAAAAUAAAAAAUUUUUAACAAUUGUAGAUAGCAAACAUGCUAAUACAUUCACGAAUAUUUAGUUUUAUCAAAUUAUUCCGAAGACUGAUACCCAUUUUCUUUUUCGUUUUCAUAAAUCAUUGCUUGACAAGC